AGGACUGAGAGAAGUCAGAGGGAGCCGGGAGCUCGGAGUGAAUGUAACUGUCCCGCAAGCUCCUCAGAGACUGGAGAGACUGGAGAGGCUCCGCGUAUCCCGGAGUUGAUUGACAAGUUGCGGGAUGUUCGCAGUGGAGAUGUCUGUGUGCCCAGUACUUGCCAGUGUCCCGCGGGAGAGCCGGCUCAGAGCGCUACGUGUGGCCGCCUGUACCAGCAGCUCCAAGCGCCUGGAGACAGUGGAGAGCGACGAACCCCCGGCUAAAUGCCCGCGCCUCACCGACAGCCCCACGGACACCGGCUUCCUGCCCUCCCCCGGAUCCCCCCAACCCAGCAGCCCCCGCGGAACCAACUGUCACCCCCAGGGACCUCUCUGUACCGGCAACUUCCUCCUGAUGCCCAUCCGGGACCGGCAACUCGUCUACCGAGCUCUCAACCUGCUCACCGGGGCGGAAGUGCAGUGCAAGGUUUUUCCAUUAAAACACUACCAGAAGAAAAUUGAGACUUACAUGCAGCUGCCGUGGCACCGGAAUAUCACGGGGAUCGUGGAAGUCAUCCAGGGGGACAGCAAUGCCUAUGUGUUCUUUGAGAAGGACUAUGGGGACAUGCACAGUUACGUGCGCAGUUGCAAGCGCCUCGGAGAAGAAGAAGCCGCCAGAUUGUUCCGGCAAAUCACCGGCGCCGUCUCCCACUGCCACCAGUCUUCAAUAGUCCUCGGGGACCUUAAACUCAGGAAGUUUGUGUUUGCAGACAAGGAAAGGACCCAGCUAAGACUUGAAAGCUUGGAAGACGCCCACAUCAUGAAGGAGAACAAUGACUCUUUGUCGGAUAAACAUGGCUGCCCAGCUUACGUCAGCCCAGAGAUUUUAAACACCACUGGAGCUUACUCUGGGAGAUCAGCAGACGUGUGGAGUCUAGGGGUGAUGCUGUAUACGCUUUUGGUCGGACGUUAUCCUUUUCAUGACUCAGACCCCAGCGCCCUUUUUUCCAAAAUCCGGCGGGGGCAGUACUGUAUUCCUGACCAUGUAUCCCCCAAAGCAAGGUGCCUUAUACGUAGCCUCCUGAGGAAGGAGCCCUCUGAGCGACUAACGGCGGAAGAGAUUUUGUUGCACCCUUGGUUUGAAGCUGCUUCUAAUCCAGGAUGUGCCGAUCAGGACUUGAGUAGCAAUGACCAACUUGUCCCGGACGUUCCUCAGAACUCUGACAACAUAGACUCGUUCUUCUGCUAACCUCCCUCAACCCUCACUGAACCUCCGGGAAUUGCUUAUUUCUCUUUCAAAUAACUUAAGGGAGCACAUACUGAAUCUUUGGUGCAUGAUGUAUUUUUAUUUGAUUACACGUUACCCACACACCCUACUGACUUCAGCAGUUAUUCUGUUGCAGGCUCAGUCUUUUAUGGAGCAACUGUUUCAGGUGAAGGUUUGAGACCUCAAGUCCAUGACUUGCCAACAGCGGGAAUUGUUUGUAGUGUUUUUUCACAAAAGUAUCAGUUGCGGCAAUUUGCAAAAUGAUUGUACUGUAAAACCAAUCCAGUUUGUAUUUAAUUACUUGGAUAGAGUUGGAGCAUCGACAAGCAGGACCGUCUUUAGUGGUGGUGGGGCCUGGAAGAAAAAAAAAAGAUGUUGUGGGGGAAGUUAGGACUGUCCAACCAAUGACCCUUCAUUUCUUGGGACCGACAUCCUCAUCCUGGGUGCUGUAGCUUACAAACAGUUGAAGGAACAAUGUUUGGUAAAGUCCUGAGUCCUGAAACCAACAGCCUGCUUCCCGGAGACUACUCAUUGCUAGUAUAGGCACCAUCUCUCCCUACUAUACCUGUUAUCCCACGGUCAUACUCCCUUCCCAGAGACUAUUAUCCCACUGUUACUAUAGGCACCAUCUCUCC